AUGUUAGACAAGAAAGCAGACAAAACAGAGCUUCAAACAUUAAAGACAGAAAUACUUCAAACAUUAUAUCCUAUAGGCUCUAUUUAUACGUCAAUGAACUCUACCAGACCAGAAACAGUUCUGGGUUUUGGAACUUGGACUCAAAUAGUCGACAGGUUUUUGUAUUGUGCAAACUCUUCAAAGGAAACAGGUGGAAGUAAAACGAUUUCAGGUGAAAAUUUACCUGCACACAGUCACUACAUAGAUUUAAGUACAUCUCAAGCAGGUUGGCAUAAGCAUAGAUAUUGGGAUUGGUCAGCAAUGACAAAAGGUAAAGGAUAUGAUGUUAAAGACAACGUUAAGUUUGCUAUAAAUUGUUACUGGAGUAACACUGAGGGAGAAGGAAACCAUACACAUUUCGUUUCAGGAUAUACGCAAACAACGGGACAAAGUAAAGAAUACAUGCCACCUUACAUGACAGUUUACGCAUGGUAUAGAAUUGCUUAG